AUGCUACUAGACGCUGAAAACCGCUACAACAUGAUGGAAAAAUUGGCACUCACACUAAUUACGGCAAAGAAGAAGCUACAACAGUAUUUUGAAAGUCAUACCAUCAUUGUAUAUACGGACUACCCAAUGAAGCAGGUCUUGAACAAACCCGAUCUCUCCGGUAGAUUAUCCAAAUGGGCAAUUGAACUCGGGACAUAUGAUAUACAGUUUUUGCCACGAAAAGCAAAGAAAGGCCAAGUACUUGCAAAUUUCCUAGUUGAGAUACAAUCUUUUACCCCAGAUACCUUACCUGAACUGCUGGAAUUAGAAGCUGAAUGGGUGUGGACAAUGCAUACGGACGGAGCCUCCAAUUCUCAAGGAGCUGGAAUCGGCAUCGUAUUGGAAGCACCCUCCGGACUAAAAAUUGAGGAAGCCAUACGAUUGGAGCAAUUUGCCACAAAUAACGAGGAUGAGUAUGAGGCUCUGAUUUACGACUUAGAAUUAGCACGAGACAUGGGUAUUAGACGAUUGAAAGUCAGAGGAGAUUCAAAACUCAUGACAGAGCAAGUGGUCGAAAAUUUCGACACCAAGGCACCCCACCUGACCAGCCUAUUGAAAAAAGUAUCUGAAUUGAAGGCACAAUUCCAUCAGUUUGAGCUUGUGCAAAUACCGAGGGAACAAAAUCAGAAAGCCGAUGCCCUCGCCAAACUAGCCUUUGCAGGAGAAUGUCCUCGACAUUCCGCCAUUUCCAGAAGCCACUCGCCAAGAGAUUCGGAAGUUUUCUCAACCUCAUCAGAACUAGAGUGCUGGAUGGAUCCAAUCAUUCGCUACUUGACCAAGUCUGAAUUGCCAACCCAUGCAAAAAACGCAAAGCUUCUGUGCCUUCGAGCUCAACGCUACUCCAUCAUCCAUGGAACGUUGUACCACAGGUCCUUUAAUGGCCCCUAUCUUCAAUGUUUACGUCCAUCAGAAGCUAAAAAAUUAUUAGAGGAAAUCCACGAAGGAACAUGUCGAAACCACAUAGGGGGGCGAAGUUUGGCACACAAAGCAUUUACAGCACGGUACUACUGGCCAUACAUGAUGACAGAAGCUCACGACUAUGCAAAGAAGUGUGACAAAUGCCAGCGAUUUGCACCCACCAUCCAUCAGCCCGCUCAAGUUCUACACUCCAUCAUCGCACCUUGGCCUUUUGCAAAAUGGGGGAUGGGCGUAGUAGGGGAACUGCCCAGAGCUGUUGGGGGAAAAUGGUAUGCUUUGUUAGCCACCGAUUACUUCACUAAAUCGGUCGUAGCAGAGGCAUACAUCAUGAUUAGCAAAACUGACACCAUGGGCUUCAUAUGGAAGCACAUCAUCUGCCAAUUUGGGAUACCAUAG